AGGAGAGGCGGGGAUACAGGCAUAACGAUGAGAUGGACGCCAGGACACGUCGGCGUGGAGGGAAACGAAUAUGUAGAUGGCAAGGUGAAGGAGGCAGCUCGCGGAACGUCCAGCGCGGUGAGAGACCUUCCGAUACUCCUCAGAAAGACGCUACCGUACAGCAAAACAGCAGCGACGAAGACCUUCAAGAAGACGAUCGCAGAGAAACUCAACACACACUACCGCAACUCGAAACACCUCACAAGACUCAAACGCACCGACCCGAAGUUCAAAGCAUCGCGCUUCUACAAGCUGGCCACCAGUCUCCCGCGUCAAAACCUCUUG